UGACAAGCAUGGGUUUUCUUUAACAGAAACGCGUUAGGAAAUUUUUGUAAAAUAAAUAAAUUAAACAAUAAAAUAAAUUUGCGCAACUAUGACGAAAUUGUUGCAGCGCCUGGAGGUCACGCUUCGUAGUUUUUACGUGUUCAACUCGAGCUUUGGCGAGAAGGAAGGCGAGGAACACAAGAAGGUUUUGUAUUAUCAUCCAAACGACAUCGAACUGAACACCAAAAUCAAGGAUGUGGGCCUCAGCGAAGCAAUCAUCAGAUUUACUGGCACAUUCACUUCCGACGAUGACUGCAAGGCGCUGCAUACCCAAAAGACAACACAGCUAUUUUACCAGCCCGAGCCGGGCUUCUGGCUGGUCCUGGUGCUGAACGUGCCCAAGGAAAUACGGCUCAAGGAGGGCGUGGAGGUGGCCGACUACCGGGGCGGCGAAGUCUCCGAUCGCAUAUACAGGGCCAUCCUCCGCCAGUGCUACCAAAUGUAUCGCUUCCAGCAUGGAACACUGGCGUCGGUUGGCGCUGGACUGGAGCAGGCUGAUCAGCGACGCGAACUGCUCUCCGGGCAAUUGCUGCAGUUUUACGAGAAAUAUCUGAUCAGCCUGAAGGAUCUGGCCCACUGUGAUAUCAUUGACAUGCUCCAUUCCAUACAGUACCUGUCCCUGGACAAGGCUCUCUUCCUGCGGGCGCACAACUUUGGCAUGCUGUGCGCCACCUUUCCGGUGAUCAAGGAGAGCAUUAUGCUCUACAACGAGCAGAUCGUCUGCGGUGGCAAGCUCAGUGCGGGCGAUCUCUACAGUCUUCAUGCGUACAUUGUCCAAAAUGUCCUGGCAUUGGAGUCGAACGCAUCAUCUGCCGCCACUCCUGUGCUAAAGCGCAGCAUCAGCGAGUGCCAAGCGAGAGGAUUUGUACGCUGCGCUCCCGGCGAUGCCAGUGAUGGACAGGAGGAAGCGCUGCCUCUUACGGUCUACAUAUCCGUCGAAAAUCAAGCUACGCCAUAUUAUUUGCUCAUAUAUCGUGCUCUACACAUUACCCUAUGUCUUUUCCUCGAUGCCAAACAGCCUGCUCCAAGGCAGGACCUCUACGACGAACUGCAUGCCUACAUUGCGCCGCAGCUGACGUGUCUGGCACGUGAUAUUUCCAGCGAAGUGUCAAAGGAAGCCCUGGCCCAUCCUGGACAGGACAGCGGCUCAGCGUCCAACGAUGCCACACCCAAGUAUCUGUUCAUCAACGAACAGAGCCUUCAGCACCACACGAAUAUCCACAGGAAUGGCAUUCCGCGUAAUGUUAUGAGCGUAAUUGCGGAUCUGAUCAAUCCCGGCGAGCAUUUGGAUGUGGCAGCUACCGCGUCCACCGAGGAGCUUCAGGUGAAGACCACCAAUGACUAUUGGAUUGUGAAGCGGCGCUGCAACUGGCGGCAGUACUAUGUGAUUUUAUGCAACAGCAAGGCGACCCUUCUGGACGUGACGCAAGAGGCGAAGCGUAUAUUUGAACAGGAGCUCACAGAUGAUGUAUUCUUUGACAAAUAAAUAGCAGUAUGAGGUAAACGAAGGGGG